AUGGUCCCGUUUCUGCUGCAGCUGCUUUUGCCGAUUUCUGCACUGGGAGCAGAACCAACGACACCAUAUUUUAUGCGAUGUCUACGACGCCCGCUCCAGGUUGGCGACUCGUUCACGAUGAGAGGGAGUCUGACGCCGAACGCUAAAUGGUUCACCUGCGACCUGGAGACGAGCUUCUGGAAUGGGGUCUACGCCCAUAUGCAGCAGCAUUUCAACGAUUGGAACAGGAUUUGGUACACGCAUAGUGGAAAGCCGGUUUGGGCUCCACCCACUUUCUACAAGGUCCCCAACUUCAGCCCGGGUUCAAGCUUUGAGAUGAAAGUGACUAUCCUCUCACCGACGACCAUCGAUAUCAAAUACGGCAAAACCUCGAAGUGGCCGGGCCAGACUUACACGCAAACGGGAACGCCGACCCCGAUGAGCUCGGCGCUGCGUCUGUCGUGCUACGGCGAUCUCUACAACGUUGAAUUGAGCGGCGACAACCUGCAGGGGAAGAUUAGCAGCAGCAACCACGACACCUGCCGGUUUGAAGCUGGCAAGAAUGGAUGGCGACACAAAAUGGCCCUCAGAUGGUGGCAAAGACGGUGGAAACAGCAAUGGCAAGAA